AUGUCUGAUGCCCUGAUUGAUAAUUCUAUUACUGUCCAGCAGUCAAGACUCGAAAAAGCAUUUGAAUUACGUAAAUUAACGGAUACCAAAUAUGAAGGUGUUAAACCGUUAUCCAAGCCAUCGUUGAACUCCCGUGGUGUAUAUGGAGGAAACCUAUGUGGACAGGCCUUGCUUGUUGCGAUGGAAACUUGUGAACCUGGGUUUACACCACAUUCGCUCCAUUCGUACUUCAUAAAAGCGGGAGAUGAUACUAUACCAUGUCAAUACGAGGUAGAAAAAUUGAAUGAUGGAAAAAACUUUGCAAACAGACUCAUCAGAGUAUCUCAGAAGGGACAAAUGAGGUAUAUUGUGAUGAUUUCGCUUACCAAGAGGAAUUCGCAAGCGAAUGCUGCUAGAGAGUAUGCCAAAGAUCCUAAGAAACAAUCACCAUUUGAAUUCCAGGCCCCGGUUGCCCCUAAUUUCUACAAAUACAAGCAUGAAGAUUUACAAACUAGCCAUAUCGAUCAUACCAAAACAUUACAGCACAAAAUUCCUCCUGAUUUUGUGGAUCACAAAUUGAAUCCCGAUGAGUCCAAAACAUCUGCGGCUAAAAGGGACCUAUCGUUCUGGAUUAGAAUCGAUGAUGCUUCUAAAGACCCUAAGUACAAGUACGCGGGUUUUGGUAUCGUUUCAGACUCUCUCUACUUGACUUCAUUGUCGAGAGUAUUGCAUUUACCUAUUCCAGGUAGUGGAAUCGGUAGCAGUGGUGGUAAAGGGGAUCAUUUCUUCUCGGUUUCCUUAGACCACUCAAUUUACUUCCACGACGAUUCAUUUGACCCAUCGAAAUGGGUUUUCUUCAAUUUCUCGGCCCCAAGAUUCAGUAAUAACAGGGUUUUAUUACAAGGUGGUUACUACGACGAAAAUGGUAAAUUAUUUGCAAGCAUUGUCCAAGAAGGUUUGGUGUUUUUCCACAGUGGCUCGGAACUAAAGGCUAAGCUAUAG